CGUUGGACCGAGUCUUCUUCUAUCCGGAAGAUCAAGCAGAAGCAGCCAUAAUGGAGGUCCCGGAAUGCCAUCUUUCGAGUUCAGAACGGCUGGAUGACCGCGCACCACAGGAGUGCCAACAUGUACCGCAGGAAUCGCGAGAACCAUCCUUCGAGAACGCAGCCAAGGCCUUUGAAGAAGGACCGGUCAGUCAGGAGAAAACGAUGGACCAUCAGGACGCAAAGGAUCCGGUCCUUCGAGUGCGGGACGCUGGCGAUUACUUCGGAGACCCGACGCCAAGGAUCUCAAGACUGACGACGCUGCUGGCUGCUCAAGGGGCUUACAAAAUGCUGGGAAAUAGAAGUCAACAAGCGCUGAAAGAGUACGAGAAAUCCUGCCUCGUCGCACCCAAAGAGGCGACGUCCACAGACACAUCGCGACUACCGUGCGAAGCUUGCCGGCAACCGGAAUUCUCCGACGUCGGCCGCUCCAGGAGACCUUCGAGCGAACAAGCGCAAAACGACGACCUCUACGAUGACUCGGGCGACUCCGUGGAGCAUUUGAUGUCCAAGCUAGAAGAGCUAACGAUCGAAUCAAAGUGUUUCCAACGGUGUCAUGUUCCGACUGCGUGCGAACACUUGGGCACGGAGAGCACCGACAUCUUGGGAACAGUCGAGCGCCAACUGGAAGACAUGGAGCUGAACCCACACCAUGCCGAAACACCGAUAGCUGCCUCUGGAGAUGAACCGAAACGCACCGAUAUCGCUGGCCCGAUGCCGUAGACACAGCCGCGGAAGCGAUGCAAGACUCGCUGCAUCGAAGCGAGGCCUUCCGCUGACUAUUGACGGACGUUAAAUGUCAACAGACGACCGAAGACACCGUGGCUUGUGUGGACGUCGCUUUGUCAGUAAGCGCAUCUUCGCGGAGAUGAUGUCCCGAUAGCUGGCUUUACGAGGCUGAUGUUUAAACUUCUAGUCAGCAGUAUGGAUCUCCAUUUCAAAAGUUUUCGGCAAAAUCCACUUACUAUUUUUUUUAAUAUAGGCAGCUAGUAGAUCGCUUGAAAU